AUGCGAGAAAUCGUCACGAUUCAUUUGGGUCAGUGUGGAGUUCAGAUGGGCAGCGCGAUGUGGGAGCUGCUGGCGUACGAACACGCACUGGAUGAAAUGGGUAACAGGAACCUAGAAAAUGGACCCCAAGUUGGCGAGGAAAUAGAGUCCCUUUUCUGCGAAGUACGAGGCAGGUACAUUCCUCGCGCCAUCUUGGUGGAUCUGGAACCAACAGUAAUCGAUGAAAUACGCGUUGGACCCUACAAGCAGAUGUGGAACAGGAACGCCUUACUGACGGGAAAGGAGGACGCCGCGGGCAACUAUGCCCGUGCCUACGUCAACAUUGGCAAAGAAAUGCUCUGUAGACUGUCGGAGGGACUUCACAAAUUCGAAGAGAGGUCUGACAGCAUUUUUGCCUUCAACAUGGUUCAUUCGUUCGCCGGUGGAACAGGAUCUGGGCUGACAGCCCUCCUCGCGGAAUACCUGGCGGACAAUUAUUGCAAGAAGUUUCGAUUCUCCACCUCAGUUUAUCCCUCCGCUGUGUACUCGCAGUCUACAGUAGAUCCUUACAACGCCACUCUGCUCACGAAUGCAACCGUGCAGACGUUUGACUGUUGUCUACUAAUGGACAACAAGGCACUCUCUGACCGCUGUCUAAACCAGCUGGAGGUUGAAAAACCAACCUACAACACACUGAAUCGUUUCACUGCCACCGCGCUCAGCUCCGUUUUCCUCUCGCAUCGCUUCUCAUACAUGGGAUCACAACACGCCGACAUCACUGAACUCCUUACCAACCUCGUGCCCUUCCCUCGGAUCCACUUUCCCCUAGUCUGUAGCAGUCCGCUCUUCUCAAAGGCGACACAGCACCACGAGACAAACUGCAUGCGCGAAUUGACGCACAGAGUCUUCUCGCAGAAAGCCGUCACGUUGGAUUGCAAAAUUGAGAAGAAACAGUUCAUCUCGUGUGCAUUGCUAUUUCGCGGUGUGACGAUGCCUGCUGCGAUAAACAGAGCUAUCCAAGAAAUCAAGUCCACCGCGAACUCGCGACUGCUGAAUAGCUUUGUGGACUGGUGUCCGUCAUCCUUCAAAAUCGGCAUCAAUACUUUCCCGUUAAUGACAAUACCGAGUUCGCCUAUGGCUACAGUGCCAACGUCGGUGUGCAUGGUUGCUGGGAAUGUGGCCGUAGUGGAGCCGAUGUACUGGGUUAAGGAUGGAUUCGACAAGCUCUUCAAAAAGUGCGCAUUUCUGCACUGGUUCGUGGGCGAAGGCCUGGAGGAGGCGGAACUUGUGGAUGCGAGGGAAGAACUGGAGAAUAUCAUUGCAGACUACUGCAAUUUACUUGAGGGAAGUAAUGACGAGGAGGAGGAGGAGACUCCAAGGGCCGAGAAAAUUAAACAGGGAAUCCUGAAAGACAAGAAAGGUCUCGCGGGUCAUUCAGGAAGUAAUCAGUAUUCUAGCAAUAGCAAUCGCGUGCGGAUUCCAGAAAAACCGCUAAAAAUCAACGAGAAGGCGCCUUCAACCAGAAAUCGAUGUGAGAGUCAAAUUCGAGGAGCCCAACGUGGAGAUGAUUCGCCGUCGAUUCAAUUCAAUAAUAAGGCCUACAUGGGCCCAGGCGACCAGGAUAAUAAAUUAGGCAACACUAACUCCACGCCAGUGAUGACGGAGUCGCUCGUCAAGUUUAGUGAAGACGGUGACACGCCAACCCUAGUGUCAACCACCAGCAGCUGCUUCAAGAGGGACACAAGUCAGUGUUCUCAAGCCUUGCUGGGGAUGACAGACCAAUCACGUGGGCGACAGCGACUAACAGGGAACAGGCUUGUCCCACCAGGGCGCCGAUCGACAACAGGUGGAGAUCAAGAACCACGAACUACCGCUAAACGCAUGUGGAGGAUCUGA